AUGGCUAAACCUAUGGCUCUCCUACUUAACCACCUACCCAACUACCCGCAUAUCAUCCUCAAGUACCUCCCGGUAAUUCUAUUAGCCAAACUAAUGGCUAUCCGCCUCAUGCGCUACCCGUUAGCUAAGCUAAUGGCUAUCAUCCUCAAAUAUCUCCCGGCAAUCAUGUUAGCCAAACUAAUGGCUAUCUCGCCUUACCCACCUAUUAGCCAAGCUAAUGAUAUCAUCCUCAAGUACCUCUUAGCAAGAGUGAGCACCAUCAAAAUAUAUGGAGACUCGCAAUUGGUAAUCAAUCGGAUACUAGGUCAUGCCAAGUGCAUUAAUGGCAUUGUGGAACAUUGCUUGAAAAAGGUGAAAGAUUUGUUAAGCCAAAUUGAU